AGCACUUUACGUAGCUGCUAAUGCUGUAGCAUCAUUAAAUCUUCUUCCAAGCAUUGCCAUUGACAGUCUACAGGCCAACAUGAUUAAUGUCUUCUGUCCACCGACUCGUCCUACUGUUGCAAUGCCUUGUCUGCUAUGCCCGUCUCUCUUGUGCUGCCUCCUCCUCCUCCUUCCCUUUCCAUUAGCCUCCAGUUCUGCGUCUAAAGGAGACACAGUGGUCAUAACCAGCAGUGGCCCUAUUAAGGGCAAGCAUGUCCUGGCUGGCCUUGGGUCUCUGACAGCCUAUCUAGGCAUUCCUUAUGCUGAGCCUCCCCUGGGGAAGUUGCGUUUCCAGAAAACUCUUCCACAUCAGCCAUGGAAGCAAACCCUGGAAGCCAUCAGUUUUGGUAAUUCCUGCCCUCAAUUUAUUUUCCGGGAUGUCCCUGAAGCAGAUAUAUGGUCUCCUAAAACACCACUGUCAGAAGAUUGCCUUUCCCUCAACAUCUGGGUGCCACAUCCACAACCUUCUUCCCCAGUCCCUGUUUUGGUCUGGAUACAUGGAGGGAGUUAUGCAUUCGGCACGUCUUCUGUGGACAUGUUCAAUGGGGCAUCCUUGGCUGCCGCUGAGAACGUCAUUGUGGUCACCAUCAAUUAUCGCUUGGGAGCCCUGGGCUUUCUGUACUUGCCACCAGCUGCUCCAGGGAACCUAGGCUUAUGGGACCAACAGCUGGCCCUGAAGUGGGUAAAAGAGAAUGCAGCUGCCUUUGGGGGAGAUCCUUCUCGGGUGACCAUUUUGGGCCAGAGUGCUGGAGGAUCUUGUGCGAAUCUCCAACUUCUCGCACCAAAAAGCCAGGACCUUUUUGCCCAAGUGGUGAUCCAGAGCGGAACAGCCAAUGCCUAUUGGGCUUUGAAGUCUCCUGAGGAAGCCAAACAAAAAUCACUGGAAUUUGUUCAUCUACUAGGUUGUUCAGAGGACAACAAUAUCAGCAUAGUGCAUUGUCUGCAAACAAAAAAUGUUUCUGAACUUAUUCGGCAUGAAAUAGCUAUGUCCUUCAAAGGCCUCCUUGCAAAUUUUCCCUUCAGGCCAAUCAUAGAUGGGGAGUUUUUACUUGGUGAUCCAGAAAAGCUCAUGGAGGAGGGGCAAUUUCAGGUCAAACCUAUCCUCAUAGGUGAAACUUCUGAUGAAGCGGCCACAUACGUCCACACUACUUUCCCUAACAUCACCCACAAUCUCAUCAAUUGGGAGCAGCUUCUGAAAGGGAUACAGCUGUUGGCACCAAAUGCAACUGAAGAUUUUAUUCGGACUAUUGCACUGAGGUACAGUGAAGGAAAUCACGGCCCAGCAAAAUAUCGCUCCGCUAUGUCCCAAUUCUAUACAGAUCGGAUCUAUGCAUGCCCAAUAAGGGAAGCUGCAGGAAAUAUCAGGAAAAGUGGGAGUCCUGUAUAUGCCUAUUUAUUCGCACAUCGCCCUUCAUGGUCAGUUUGGCCUGAAUGGAUUGGAGCAACUCACAGUGCUGAGAUUCCUUUUGUUUUUGGAACCCUUGAAUCUACGCUGCCUUUCAAUCGAACAUACACAGAGGCUGAAGCCAGGCUGAGCCGUAAGAUGAUGCACUACUGGGCAGAGUUUGCCAGAACUGGGAAUCCCACUGGGUCAGCAGCCAGCAAGGAUGAGUGGCCACUCUAUAAUGCCACAGAGCAGAAUUUCUUCCUUCUUAAUACUGAGCCAUUCCAGGAAAGGGUGAUAGAGCACUGUGAUUUUUUAAAGAGCCUUUUUUCAAAGGCUGAAGAGACACAGAAGUCUGAAGGUGAUUCUGUUUCAUUGGACUAGGAAGAAGACAGCAGAAUUCCAUAUGCCACCAGACUUGAAAUUUUGGGCUUAGACAAUCUGGAACUGCGCCACCUGGGCUAUGAUCUAAGCACAGUACACAAAAUUGUCUGCUACAACAUCUUACCUGUCAACGACUUCUUCAGCUUCAACCACAAUAAUACAAGGGCAAACAAUCGAUACAAACACAAGGUAAACCGCUCCAAACUCGAUUGCAGAAAAUACGACUUCAGCAACAGAGUGGUCAACGCCUGGAAUGCACUACUUGACUCUGUUGUUAUAGCCUCUAACCCUCACAGCUUCAACCUUAAACUGUCUACCGUGGAUCUCACCCCAUUCUUAAGAUGUCUGUAAAGGGGGUGUGCGUAAGUGCACCAGUGUGCCUACCAUCCCUGUCUUAUUGUCCCUAUUUAUCUGUAUUUACUUCCUAUGUUUAUGUUCAUACCUAUACUUGUUAUCUUGUACAUGUUUGACAAACAAACACAAAUAAAUAAAUAAUGUCCUCAGCCUA